CUAGCUGUUCCCAAGUUUGUUCUCUCUUGGUGGCUCCAGUUUCCUUCCUCCAGAAAUGAAGGAGAAUUCCCUGGUUUUUGUCUUCCUCUACUAAGAGCAAAUCCCGGCUCUCGUGUUCAACCAAAAAAAAUAUAAAGAAAAACAAACCCAGAGAACCCAGAAAACGAGAGAAAAGAAAGAAACAAGGCAAAGAGUUUGAAAAAGAGAAAGACAAAUUUCAAUUAUAGACACUCAAUCAAUCCGUCCUCCAAUGUCAAACGUCACUGGUGAUUGUGGGAGCUUCUCUUCUGGCAAUACUGGAGAAGAAGUCCAACAGCAGCAGCAGCAGCAGCUACCACUACUACAACAUCACUUCCGUGGCUCCAACUUUGGACCUUCCACUGCAACUAAUGGCAAAGUUUCCACCUCCCAAAAACCUCAGCAGCAGCAGACAGUCAAGAAGAAAAGAAACUUACCGGGAACUCCAGACCCAAGUGCAGAGGUCAUCGCCCUAUCUCCUGCAACCCUGAUGGCAACGAACCGGUUUGUAUGCGAGAUUUGCAGCAAAGGAUUCCAGAGGGAUCAGAACCUGCAGUUGCAUCGGAGAGGCCAUAAUCUGCCAUGGAAACUCCGGCAGAGAACGAGCACGGAGGUUAGGAAGAGAGUAUACAUAUGCCCGGAGCCAUCUUGUGUCCACCAUAAUCCAGGUAGGGCAUUGGGUGAUCUCACCGGAAUCAAGAAGCAUUUUUGCCGGAAGCACGGUGAGAAGAAAUGGAAAUGUGACAAAUGCUCCAAGAAGUAUGCGGUGCAAUCGGACUGGAAAGCUCAUUCAAAGACCUGCGGCACUAGAGAGUACAAAUGUGACUGUGGAACCAUCUUCUCCAGACGAGAUAGCUUCAUCACACACAGAGCUUUCUGUGAUGCAUUAACAGAAGAAAACAACAAGGUAAACCAGCAGCAAGGUCUGGCAUCCACCACUGAAGAAGCAAAAUCACAAGGUCAAGUCACCCAGCUCAUGUCGUCGAUGCCCAUAAACACCAUCAACAACUCACUGGUCGGGAUCUCAUCAGAAUUCAACCAACCCGGAGACAAGAAUCCUCUCAAGUCCUUACCCAGUGGCAGUGAUAUAAUGUCUUCAAUGCCACCUAAGUCUCUAAACAUGGCGGCAGGAAGCAUGUUCUCUAGCAGCUCUGCCACCCUUUUUGGUGCCCCAAGAAGCACCCCUUCAUCCUCUUUCUGCUUUCUGGGGUCAUCAGCUCACAUGUCUGCAACAGCCUUAUUGCAGAAAGCUGCCCUAAUUGGUGCAGCUGCAGGCAGCAACACCAACUCCUCCAUGAUCCACAAGAGCUUCAUUGCAGGUCUGGUUGGGACUGAUCAUCAGCUCUCCAGCAUAAGAACAUCAUCUUACGGAGGAAUGCAUCAGAACAACAACAGCUCAUAUGAUCACACCCAACUACAAGCAGACCCAUCACAACCAGUUGGGAAGGACAGUGGGGAAUUAACAAACCAACUCUUGGAGAAGUCCAAACAAGACAAGUCGCCCAAGUUUUUCGAAGCUACAGAAAGCGCCCGGAGCUCAGGGAUGAAUGGCAUGGGGAUGUUACUGGGAGUUGUUGAUCAGAACCAUGGAUUCUUGAAGAACAUAGAGCAUGAACACAGCAGUAGUACUAGUACCUGCAGUAUGUCACAGGGUAGAUCAAGUGUCAAUUCAGGGGUAGGGAUCCCACCAACUAGGCGGAAUCAAAUAGAAAUGUAUAGGGUUGGAGGAAGCAGUAGUGGGGAUGUGAUGACUGUGGAUUUCCUAGGAAUUGGAGGAUCGAAAUCAGCAGCUUUACAUGAACAAGGACAGCAACAGCAGAAGCAGGGAUCGGAGUUGGAGGCAAUUAGUGAGCAGAGAUUGCAAGGAUUUCAUCAGUUUCAGCAACAGCAAUCACAUGGGCAAACAACAAUGGUGAAAUCGUUGUGGGAUGUUUGAGAGAAAAACAACUUAACAAGCUCCUGAUUUUCUUCCUACUAUGUUGUGGAAUAUGGAGUUCUUCAUAGAUCUCAGCCAUGGUCCAUCGUCGCAUCGAUUCCCGGCCCAAAAUCAGAAUUUUCAGUCAACAUGGUAAUGGGCCAAAAGACAGAAAUGUGUAUCAGUUCAAAGUGGCAGCAGAUGGAGACCAAAAUAACUGACAAAAUAGGGUUGAUGAUCCCUAGUUAAGUGAAGGUGUUUCUUCUUUUGAUUAGAAAGAAGAAUUGGGCCGGAUUGGGCCAGGCCCAAUUCUUCUCUAGAGCAGACUAGGACUUGAGUAGCAACAAGGCGACUAGCCACUAGCGAGGAGUUAAGGAAUAGACCCAUCAAGGAACCAUCACAAUGGAUCAAAGCAAAUGCAGUUUUACAGUCCAAGGAAGCCCUAUGAUUCUUUUACCUGGGAACACAAGAGAUGUGCCGAGAUUAAACUUGUUUUGUGAAGUUGAAAUGUUAAACACUUUAUACUUCACAGACUAUCCCAUAGGGUAGAGAGAGAAAGAGGAGAGAGAGCAAAGAAAGAAAAAGAAAAAACGACAAGAUUAAGCCCAAUUCUGCUCCUUGAUCCUGUGGGGUUGGGCAAUAAAUUAAGAAUAAUGCCCUUAACUCACAAGAGAACAAAAUGUAGACUUUUUAAUUUUAUGCAAAUACAUAGGAUAUGGUUAUGGGGUAUA